AUGCUAAUUGACUUCGGGAAGAAGAAGAAACUGGUUGUCCACAAGGAAAAAGAAAUUAAAAGACAAGAAAAGAAGAAGAGACAGGAUAAACCAAUCUCACCAACUGAUAUAGAUAUGCUAAUUAUUAAGUCAAAAGAAGCACUUGAUGAAGACCGUAGUAUAUUCUCACAUAUUCCAUACGAAAAUGCAGAAAUUGCCAUUAUGGUAGACCCCUGCACUAAAACUCAUAAAAAUACAAGGACAUUAUAUGAACAGUACAAAGAACAGAUUAAUAAAUGA